AUGUUUUGCAGAUCCAAAGAGACUGCAUGGAUUGUGAAAGAAGAAGGCCCCCGGUGCCGACCAGAGGAGCACUUCCGUGUCAGCAGUGGAGCUGACUGCUUGGUGUGUUUGGUUCCAGGUCAUGCAGACAUUGACUUUGCGCAAGUGAACUCCUUUCAGCAAGAACUACAGGCAGUUUUGCCCGAUGCACGUUUCCUCUUGAGCACAGCAGCACAGAGUGCCAAGCAGAGUGCCAAGCUGAACAGCACGGAUCUCGAUGCUGCGGCACUGUGCUUGGCCAAUGAAGUGAAUGAGGUCUUAGAGACGUGCCUGGAUCUGAAACAUCUCAGCUUUGUGGGGAUUGGCACCGGUGGGCUCAUCAUCCGUGCAGCCAUCUCUUGGCUGGCUGUUUUCGGCCGGGACUCUUUGAUGACCUUGAUGUCCAUCGGUACGCCACAUUUGGGUCUAUGGCCUACUUGUUCAUGGACUCACUCCUUGAAGUUGUGGGUGCUGAAGCAGUUCAUGGGCAGCCCGCUAUGGCUGGAGCAACUUCGGCACGGCGAUGGGAGGCAGAUGCGAACCGGCCGGCUUCGCCGGCUGUGCGAGACGGACGAUGCCUUGAGAUGUUUUCAGCGGGUCAUUCUGGUUGGAGGUGCGCAUGACGGCUUGGUUCCCAUCUCUUCAUCGCUGGUCAUUUCGCCACAUCCUGAAGUCGCAGACUUUCGGAGAUUUUCAGAACCCGUGCCGGAGUUUUCCCGGAAAAACUUAUUGAUGUUUGCAAUGCCAUUUCUUUGGUUGGUGCGCUUGCGUGCUUGGCUCGUGUUGCUGGUGGUGGGGCUUAGUCUACUUCUUACAAUCCUUUUCGCACCAGAUUGGCCCACGUUGAGGCACCUGACCGAGCUGAAAGCCACGGCCGGAGGACUCUUCCACACCUUGUCCGGCCGCGCGGCACGGCGCGAGGCGGUGCAGCUGGAGCGGCACUUGGCCCAGCGCCUCUUGAAGCAACUGCCCAAGGACCACGUGUUGCGGGUGGAAAUCGGUGAGGACUGGGGUGGAGGUGGUUGGUGGGGUCGGUUCAGAACUACGAGUAGCUUUGGAGCAGAACUCUUGUGUGAUACGAGAUCCAUGCGCCUUUUGGCCGAAGGCUACGGGGCAUACCUUGCAGGGCCAUGA